AUGGAUUCGCAACUGCAAGCUAUUCUUCGCAAGAAGAAAGCUCAGCACGAUGCUGCUGAGGAGCUGGAAUGGGCCACAGGCGCCAAGAGAAAGGAAGAAGUCGAUACGUCGAGCAAACUAGAAACCUCGAGUGGCUCAGUUGAACUGUUUGCAACUCAAGAGUCGAAAGACUUGCCAUGGAAAGACUCGAUACCGUCCAAAGAGGCUCAGGAAUCAAGAUUAAGUAUAUUACAAUCAGCGUUGGAUGAGCUCUCUGACGAUGACAACCAAUGA